ACGCGGCUUUCGUUCAGUUGAAUCUGUGUUUCACGACCGUGUGGAUUGUGGUGUUUGGCGGGUUGAUCGUUCGUCCGUUUAGACGUCGCCUCUAGUUUAGCUUUCUAUGCGUUUGCUACCCCGUACACACCACACUGCCUUUCGUGUGUAGUUUCCGGUGUGGCUGUGCUGUUUUUGUGUGGUGUGUUCUUGCCCCUCGGUAGUGCAGCAACAGUGUCCAACCGGUAGAACAGGGUUCACCGAAGCUGCAAGGGGCCUGCAAGCAUCCUUAAAGUAGAGAAAAAGAGUAGAAACGUUUGCGUUGUCCUGAGGUUAUCCCGACAGCACAAAAAAAAAGGUUUUCUACCCCAUUUUUUGUCGAUAUCUCAACUCCGCGUCAACACCCUCCUGAAGGCGCAGGGUAGUUCGUUGGUGUUUCGCGUGAUACGCCCCACGCGGAAGGGGACGUGCAGUGUGUCGCCAGUAUGCGACGACCGACAGCGACAAUGGUGCCCGGCGUGCUGCUGUUAGCGCUGCUGCUGGCCGGUGACGGUUCGCUGGCCGUCCACCGGGGCCAAUAUCUGCGCAGCUUCCCGGUGCACCCGGUAAACGAUCCGUGCUACGACGAGGAUCGUCCCCGCCGCUGUACGCCCGACUUUGUGAACGCGGCGUUCGGCGUACCGAUCGAGGCGUCCUCCACCUGUGGCCAGGGUAAGCCGGCCCGGUUUUGCAAUAUGAAGGAAGCGACCGACGGUACGCAUGCCGGUGGCCGUUCCGGCCUGGUAGAAUCGAGCUGCGAGAUCUGCGACGAGGCGGACGCAACCAAGCGCUACUCGGCGCUCGCCCUUACCGACGUGCACAACACGAACAAUGUGACGUGCUGGCGGUCGGAACCGCGCAGCGGCACGCUGGACGCCGGACCGGACAAUGUGACGCUGACGCUGUCGCUCGGGAAGAAGUUCGAGCUGACGUACGUGAGCCUGAUGUUCUGUCCGCACGCGAUCCGGCCCGACUCGAUGGCAAUCUACAAGAGUGCGGACUACGGGAAGAAUUGGCUGCCGUUCCAGUUCUACAGCUCCCAGUGCCGGAAGCUGUACGGCCGGCCGACGAAGGCAACGAUUUCGCCGAGCAACGAGCAGGAGGCACGCUGCGUCGACCACAACCGGUACAGCGUCGAUGGGGUGCAGGGUUCGCGGAUCGCGUUCAGCACGCUCGAGGGCCGUCCCUCCGCACCGGACUUUGACAAUUCCGUCAUCCUGCAGGACUGGGUGACCGCCACCGACAUACGCGUCAUCUUCCACCGGCUCCAGCCGGCCAGCGGUGGUGGUGGUGGAGGUGGAUCCUCCUCCCUUGCCAAAUCGCAAUCAACCGAACUGCUCGGCGGUGGCAAGUUUGGCGGCGUGCCGAAGAAAGCCGCCGACUUCCUGACGCAUCCGAGGGAUGCGGGCUCGCCGGGCGUUGGUUCGGGCGUGCUGACCUACGCACUGUCAGACUUUGCCGUUGGUGGGCGCUGCAAGUGCAACGGACAUGCGUCCAGGUGUGUGAAGGGUGCGGACGACAAGCUCGAGUGUGACUGCAAGCACAACACCGCCGGGCGGGACUGCGAACGCUGCAAACCGUUCUACUUCGAUCGACCCUGGGGCCGCGGUACGAUGCGUGACGCAAACGAAUGCAAAGCCUGUCAGUGUAAUGGCCACGCCAGGAAGUGUCGAUUCAACCUCGAGCUGUACAAGAUGUCGGGACGCGUUUCGGGCGGCGUAUGCACGGACUGCCGGCAUGAUACGGCCGGGCGCCACUGCCAUUACUGCCGCGAAGGUUUCUACAAGGAUCCCACCAAACCGAUCACGCACAAGAAAACUUGCAAGCCCUGCGACUGCCAUCCGAUCGGGUCGUCCGGCAAGAGCUGCAACCACACGACGGGCCAGUGCACCUGCAAGGAAGGCGUAACGGGACUGAACUGCAACCGAUGUGCCCGCGGCUACCAGCAGAGCCGCUCGCAUAUCGCACCGUGCAUAAAAAUUCCGCGCGUUAUUAACAUCAACCAUCAGGCACAGAAUACGGCCCCGGAGUCCUACCAGUACGAUCCAGAUGCAAGCGAAAGCACCAAAGAAAACUGUGGCAAAUGCAAAUUCGAUACGAAGCGGCUCAACCUCAACAAGUUCUGCAAGCGCGAUUAUGCAAUCAUGGCGAAGGUGACAGGCCGUACCAUCCCCGGAGGCAAACAUUCACCCCGCGACGAGGUACGCUUCAAUCUCCAGGUACAGUCGGUAUUUAAAUCGAACGGACCGCUACUGCUGGCGAGCCAGCGCAAGUCGAGUAUUGCACUGUUGGUACCUUCGAAGAAUCUGGACUGCCGCUGCCCCAACAUCAAGAUCAACAAGUCCUACCUAAUCCUCGGCAUGGACGCGAAAAGCAAUGGGGAAAAUCUGCAGCUCGGCCCAAAAACGAUCAUCAUCGAGUGGAAGGAUGAUUGGAAUAGGCGGCUGCGCCGGUAUCAACAGCAGGCCGGUUCGUGCUACUAGACGACCGCUGCUGAGCGAGAUGGCGUCUGGACGUGUCGACUUUCCGUGUAUUUUUUUGCGCCCACUCUGCGUACAGCGUGUCGAGGCAGGAAACUCCAGAGUUGCUGUGGAGUUGCUGUUCUACGACUUGGAGCUGUAAUCGGGAUGGGUGGGCAUAGCGGUGGAUCGUCUGCAGCACGUGGCAUGGCAUACCGCCAAUAGUAUUGUGUCCUUCAAAACAAAAAAACAAACCCCCCCACCCCCUCGAAUAAAGCAAUCCCCAUUCGACACCCUGUUUCCACAGCCCCGAUUGCCACCGCAACAGUUCAAUCUGAUUUGUGUUUAGAGAAUCUGGUUGCGAAUCAUGACGUUUCUUGCCGGCACCAGCAGUAGUGCGAAGCUGUUUUACUUUUCCAAGCUAAAUUAUUAUUAUUACCCCUAUGUAAUCUCUAUUAAUCGUGCUGUACGCGUUUAGUGUCCGUGCCGCUUCAUCUGCGCAUCCGGUAAGAUGUUGUUUUAUUUUUUUUUGUUUGCAUGACCAGAAGGGUCAUCGCACUCUUUCGAUCAGCAUCGUCAUAUCAUUGAGCGGUAGUUGAAGUACACUUGAGGUUUUUUUUUUGACAUAAUAAUAAUUUAGAAGCUUAAUUGUUAACAGAUCGGGGAAAAGAAAAAACGAUGGCGAACGCGAGUAAGCAAGGAUGAAACGGUGGAAGGCAGAUCAAGCUAGAGAACCAUUCUUUCCCAGCUAUCCCCUUCUCUUCGAUAUCUCUCGGCCAUGUCGCUAUCCACUGGAUUCGGUCCUGACUGAACCCUGUUCGUUUCGGUGCCAUUGCAGUUUGCAGGGAGUUUUGCGAAGCUGCAGAGUAAGCAAAGCACAAAACCCUUCCCCCGAGAGAAGUUAAAUAGUAGAACGUAAGCGUGUGUAGGGAUCGAGACUAGGGACGUAUAUAGCCGUGGUACCGUGUUGCAUGUAUGCACUUAGCGUGACAGUAUCAAUCGUGUCGUGUACAUCGAUGCAAGAUCGACAGUUACUCGUUACUUCAGACCAGGGACGAAUUAGCGCGUGUGUGUGUGUGUGCGUAGGUGGGCGUCUGGAAAUACUAGUGUGUGUGUGAGUGGCAAUGUGAUUGACGUUUACAGUGGUUCUCAGGACAUCCAACAGGUGUCUCGAUGAGAACCAAUGUAGAGAUUGUGAGUUGUGUCAAAAUUAUUGUAUUCAACACGGAAACACAUGUUUCAUGAUGUGUGAGAGAUUUUUGUUUUUUUCUAGUAUUUGUAUUAUUUUUUUUGGUAUUUCUUUCUUUUAUUUUCUACCAGUUUUAUUUGAUAUUUUUUAUAAGCUUAAUGCAUUCUUGUCGAUUUACUUUCUUCUACUUUCACACAAUUUUAUUUACUCUUCGAACUUCUUUUGUUCUUCUUUCAUUUUAUUUUUUUUCUAACGUUCUUUACUUUCAAUUGUAAAUAAUUGGUCAUUUUUCUUUUAUUUAAAGUUUUCUCUUGCUUAACUUUUUUAUAUUUUUAGUUUUUCUUUUUAUAUGUUCACGUGUCAACAGCACAAGCUACAUAUAUGCAUACAUCCGACGCCACACACACACACGCACACAAAGAACUAAUCUUGACUUGACUUGGUAGGGUCCAUGUAUGAUACUAAAACUAUAAUUAAAAAAACAAAACAAACCGAAAGCACACAACCCGAAAACGAAACCAGUAUAAAAGUUUGACUAACCGUAUAAAAAAAAUACACAAAACCAAACAAAAAACGAAAUAAAACGCACAAAUAAAAUGCCGUUCCCGAUCGGUACAGUAGCGCAAUAUACAUGCGUACGAGAACAAACAAAAAAAAAAAAAAACCAAGCGGUAGAUAGCGUUUUGUUUUCUUUUGUGCGUUGUUUUUCCUGUGUUGUUGUUUCGGUCAUUUAGGAUUCACUUUUACAUACAACCGAACACACAUAAACAGCAAGUAAGUAUAGGCAAACCACCAAUUGGGUAUUUUAUGAUCUGUGCAUGGUCAUACAUGCAGCAGAGAUCGUUUACGAGCGUUACUUUCGAUAAACAUAACAUAAAUCUAUAUAUACAUGUAUACACACAGAAAAAAAAAUGAAAACACACACACACGCAUAUAUAUAACACUUUAGCUGUAGUUGAAUCAUCUCAUUUUUUCAUCCUUUGCCGUUCAAAAUUAAAAACAAAACAAAAUCGAAAGGAUGCGAAGGCAAAGGCGAAAACCCCUGUAGCGCAUACCUGCUACACACCAAGCAUAAUUAAUCGAACGAAUACUAACACAGUCACACACAACCACACAGAAACAAAGAGAGAGAGAGAGAGAGAAAGAGAGAGAGAGAGAGAGAGAGAGAGCGAGAGGGAGAGAAAGCGAAUGGAUAACAUCUAGUGUAGGUACAAGCGUAGUCGAUGUGUAGUAGUAGUAGUGACGGCAACGUUCAAGUGGGAAAGAAUUUGACAGUUUUGACAGAUGAAGUCACGGAAGUGAGCAGGAAAAAAAAACGCAAACAAACAAGGAAAUGUGUGCGUACACACGCACACACACACACAUCCACACAGAGAAUGGAAACGAUUUGCAUGAUGAUUGUGAUGAGAAUUUUAUCUGUAUAUAUUAUAAAAGUUUUCCUAACCAAUAAGUGUCA